AUGGGCUCCACGGAACAACUUCGCACCUGGUGGAAGGAGAGUUCGGUGUACCAAGUAUAUCCGGCAUCCUUUCAAGACACCACGGGCUCUGGGACUGGCGAUCUCAAGGGCAUCAUUUCACGAGUAGACUAUCUCAAGGACCUCGGCGUGGAUAUAGGAUAUGACAUUAGCGACUACAGGAAGAUUGAUCCCAUCUAUGGAGAUAUCAGUGACGUUGAUACUCUAAAAGACAAGCUCCAUGAACGGGGGAUGAAACUUGUCCUCGACCUGGUGGUCAACCACACAAGCGAUCAGCACGAGUGGUUCAAGGAAUCAAGAAAGUCAAAGGACAAUGCCUUUCGGGAUUGGUAUAUCUGGCGUCCCCCCAAAUACAAUGCUCAAGGCAAUCGACAGCCCCCAAACAACUGGGAAAGCCACUUUCAAGGCAGCGCCUGGGAAUACGACGAUACAACGGACGAAUACUACUUGCGACUCUUUUGCCGAGAGCAGCCCGACCUCAACUGGGAAAACCCGGACGUGCGCAAGGCUGUCCACGAGGUGAUGCGCUUCUGGCUCGAUCGAGGCAUAGACGGCUUCCGGAUGGACGUCAUCAACUUCAUCAGCAAAGACCAACGAUUCCCAGACUCUGAUACGGUGGUCUGCCGGGGCCACGAGUACUACGCUUGCGGACCUAGAUUGCACGAGUACCUGAAGGACCUCGGCGCUAUUCUGAGAGAGUAUGAUGCGUUCAACGUGGGGGAAAUGCCAUGCGUGCAAGACCAGAACGAGAUCAUCAAGGCUGUGGGCUCCGACCGCGGAGAGCUCAACAUGAUUUUCCACUUUGAGCACAUGGAUCUCGACUACGGCCCAGCAGGAAAGUUCUCCCCCGGCACAUGGACUCUCGCCAAGCUAAAGACGGUCGUCACCAAAUGGCAAGAGUUCAUGUACAACAACAACGGCUGGAACGCCCUCUACCUGGAGAACCACGACCAGCCGCGAGUCAUCAGCCGCUUCGCACACGACGACCCUCAGCACCGCGAGGCUAGUGCAAAGAUGAUUGCCGUGUUUCAUGCUUUCCAGGCUGGCACGCCGUUUAUAUACCAGGGCCAGGAGAUUGGCAUGACGAAUGUUCCAAAGGAGUGGCCCAUUGAGGAGUACAAGGACAUUGAUUGCGUCAAUCAUUGGAACCUAUACAAAGACACCGCAGACGAAGAAACAAAGAAACUCGUCAAGGCAGAAUACCAAAGGAAAUCCCGCGACAACGCCCGCACCCCCAUGCAAUGGGAUUCAUCCCCCCAAGCCGGCUUCACAAGCAGCACCACCCCCUGGAUGCGCGUCAACGACAACUACGAGGCCGUCAACGCCGCGUCCCAGACCGGCAACCCGCAGUCCGUCUACCACACGUACCGCCAGGCCCUGCAGCUGCGCAAAAAGCGCAAGGACCUGUUUAUCUACGGCAGCUUCCAGCUCGCUUACAAGGCCAACGAGCGUGUGUUUGCGUAUAGGAGGAGGGGCGCGACGGAAAUGGCGCUCGUCUUGUGCAACUUUUCGCUCGACGAGGUGAGUGUGGGGAGGGUUGAUGUGCCUCUGGAGGUGCUCUUUAGCACGCAUGGGAGGACGGCGGAUGAGUUCAAGAGAGAGCGGCUGUCGCUGGCUCCGUGUGAAGCCGUGGUGUUGCUUGUUGAGCCAACUUUCAUAGGGUUCACGUAUGCAGCUGAGAAUUAG